AAUACCCAGGACAGAUACAAACAUUUCUGUCACAGCAUAUCCCUCUCCAUCUUUUCCUGAAGGAACUCUACGGCAGCCAGUCAGACAGAAACUUUGAGGUUAAUUGGUGAAAAAUGCCGGAGGAGGAAGAACGAGAGAAAUUAGCCCAAGUCAUCAGACAGUGGAACAACAACAGACUGGACUUGUUCGAAAUAAGUCAACCUGAUGAGAACUUGGAGUUUCAUGGUGUGAUGCGCUUCUACUUUGAGGAUCAUGUUGGAGGAAAUGUGGCCACAAAGUGCUUGCGUGUUGGCAGCAACUCUUCGACUCACGAGGUUAUCGACACUCUUUCAGAGAAGUUCAGGCCUGAUAUGAAGAUGCUGACUACAAGUUAUUCCCUGUAUGAGAUUCACGCCAAUAAAGAACGUAAACUGGAUCUGGAUGAGAGGCCUUUGGUUGUACAAUUAAACUGGAACACUGACAACAGAGAGGGACGUUUUGUGCUCAAGAAAGACGGGGAGAGUUUGGAGGAAAACUGUCACGAGAAGGAAAAAGGAGGCGUGAUCCAAAGCUUCAAGAGGACACUGUCAAGAAAAGAAAAGAAGAAAGAGAAGAACAAAACUAAAGCGACUGACAAGGUUUCAGAGGAUGAGAAUGGGUCAACUGAAAAGCUACUGAACAACAACAACAGCAUUUGUGUGUCUAACCAUGAGAGGAAAAAGAACUGCACGGAGAACAAAAAUCAACAAAAGCAGGCUGCCCCGGGAGGAAAGACAGGAAGUCUUUUUCCAGACUUUUCAGAUCAACCAGGAUUACCAAUUGGAAUUAAAUGCUGCGAUAACUCUGAGGAAGCCUUCCUGUCUGCAGUCAUAAAUUACACCAACAGCUCCACAGUUCAUUUCAAGCUCUCACCUGCAUACAUCCUCUAUGCUGUGGGACGCUUUGCUCUGCAACGCCAUUACAGGCGAGGCUCUCCACCCUCGGGGCAGACACUCAGCGUAACUUCGAUCACAAACAAAAUGGUGGCCAUGACAGAGAAGGUCAUCCAGAGACAGCAGGCCAUCGCCGGGGCUCUUGCCUUUUGGAUGGCAAACUCCUCUGAGCUACUGAACUUCCUCAAGCAUGACAAAGACCUCAGCUCGCUCACACAACAAAGUCAGCUGGAUCUGUCCCACCUGGUGCACAAAGCUUACAGGUGCAGAUGAGUUUCUGAUCCUAACUGAAAUUGCAGCACAAACUCAACAGAUUGGCCAAGAAGACCUGUCUUCCACCACACAUUAAAUAGGUCACUUGUAUUUCAACAGUGGAAGGAUGUUAUUCUCAUAACACUGGGCUGUCUAUGCAGUAGGAACAUGCAUAUACUUUUGAAAUUAGUGCUACAUGACCAGAGAAAACAGAGAAACAGAGCUAUGGUUUUCAUUUUGCUCAAGAGGUAGAAAACCCACAAAUACCAGAAUGCACUGCGCCGCACCGGACCAAUAAACACUCCCGAUAGUGUGUGAUGUAAUGUGAGCUUGGAAAUUUCUCAACAUGAAACAAUAUGGCAGCUGCUUGCAAUCAGCAUCUGAAAUUACAG